ACGUUAUGUUGUUUAUGUUCCGAUUACAAGUUAAAUAAAGGUUCAAAUAUUGAGAUAGGUACUAUAUUAGUGUUCGCGAGCGAAAGAAAAAAUGGGAAUUUUUGAAAAUAGUACCGUCAAACUCGAACAAGACGAUUUCGGAACAUUCAAAGAUCCACAAACAGGAGUUUCCCAGACAAUUCGAAGAUUUACUUGGAAAAAUGGAAACGGUGUUAGUAUACAGGUGAUAAAUUACGGGGUUACUAUAACAGCAAUUAAUUUACCUGAUAAAAAUGGUAAAGUUGAUGACAUUACAUUGGGCUAUGAUAGUUUGGAAGGGUACCUUCAACCCAACAACCGAUACUUCGGAGCUACUGUGGGAAGAGUAGCAAAUCGUAUUGGUAACAGUACCUUUACGCUAAAUGGUAAUGUUUAUCAGUUAGCUGCCAAUAAUGGUCCGAAUAGUUUACAUGGUGGUUUAAGGGGUUUCAAUAAGGUUGUUUGGGAUUAUUAUGUCAAAGGCACUAAGGUUGUAUUUAGUUACGCUUCAUCAGAUGGUGAAGAAGGUUAUCCAGGAAAUGUUGUGACUAAUGUUACUUUCCAACUUUCUGAUGAAAACGAGCUAGUUAUUGAUUAUAAAGCAUCCACUACCAAACCUACUCUGGUUAAUCUUACCAAUCAUUCGUACUUUAAUUUGGCUGGUAAUGGGUCUGGUGCUAACGGUUUAUUGGAACAUGUUGUUACCAUAAAUGCCGAUAGGUACACCGAAACAGAUGGUGGAAUACCUACAGGCAAACUUAUACCAGUGGCAAACACAGUGUUUGAUCUACAAAUACCUAGAAAAUUGAAGGACGUAAUAAAUAAUGUCCCCAACGCUCUAGGUUUUGAUAAUAAUUUCUGCGUUUACAAAGGCACUCGUCAAAGUUUAGGUUUUGUUUCGAGAGUAGAACAUCCCCAAAGUGGAAGAGUUCUAGAAACCUACAGUGAUCAACCUGGUGUACAAUUUUACACCGGAAACGCCAUACCCGAACAUACAGGUAAAGGCGGAAAUAAAUAUGGGAAACAUUCUGCGUUCUGUUUGGAAACCCAAAUUUGGCCUGAUGCCAUUCAUCACGAUAAUUUUCCAAAUGUUGUUCUUAACCCUGGUGACCAAUAUCGUCACGUCUGCGUUUAUAAAUUCUUGGUAAAAGCGUGAUCAGAAUAAAACAAUUUCGGUAAGAAAAAUGUUUACGGUUAUACAAUGUAUUACACUGACAUAAAUACAUAUCUUACUACGUUUGCUGUAUGAGAUAUUAUAAAAUUGUAAUUAAUAUAUGUUUGAAAAAGGA